AUGGCCCGCUCACCAGGACGUAGGGGAUAUGACGACUAUCCACGAGAUCGGCGCGAUGAUCGGUAUCGUCGCUCAUGCCGGUCGCUGAGCCGAGAUCGUCGGAACGAUGACCGCCGACGCGAUCGUGGCUACAACGAGCCACGUCGGGACCCACGAGAUGAGAGAGACUAUGGAGGCCGCAGCCACCGCGGCUAUCGAGAGCGCGAGCGAUCGAGAGAGCAUCGCACGAGGGAACCUAGGCGAUCACCAUCGGUGAGAGCAGACGAUGGUCCACGUGGCCAAUGUAGACCUCGCGACAACAAUGAUGUCUCCGAUGACCGUGGAAGCAGCAAGCGCAUUCGACACCGAUCGAGAAGCACAAGCAGGAGGCCCCAGGUUCGUACUCCGAAUCGUUCUCGCACGCCGCCUCGUCGUCGAACCCCAGUUCCUGGACCACAGCACACGCCGGAACAGAAGCCCCCACCUGAUCCAGCCAAAUUGGCACGCCUUGCGGCAUGGAAGGAGGGUGUGCUCGCAAAGAAGGCCGAGCAAGACAAGGCUAUUUCGCCAGCUGUCGCAUCGCCUGGGGCCUCAGGUCCAUCGACCGCUGCGGGUUCUCCGGGUCGUGCCAAGACCGAAGAGACGCCAGCAUCGCCUCCACGAGCUCCGUAUGAUCCCAAAGUCAUCGCCAACCGAACCAAGGCGGCGAUGGCGCGGGCCAAGGCGGAGAAGACGCCACUCGGUAUGGACGCACCGAUUCCUGCCGCCAGCAACGGAGUGACGAAUGGCGCCCACAUUACCAAGCCCCCAGUGACUGCAUCUAACGUGCCGCUUGGAGAUGCCAAGAUUACAGCAUUCGGUCUCAACAAGGCCGCAGGCGACAGACCAUCUGACAAGUCGUCGACUGUGAAGAACUCAGCAGCGCUCGACGAGGAUGAGGACAUUCAACGCCAGUUUAGAAAGCUGGAUGAUGUGCCCCAAGACUCGAUCGCCAGCGACCCUGCGCUUGCCCAUGGCCAAGAGGACCAAGAUGAGAUUCAGGAGGAUCUCCGCAGCGACGAAGAGGAGGCUGAAGCUGCUCGUGCAGCAGCUCAACGCCGCGCGGAGGCUCAGACUGUGCAGCAAGAUGUCGCAAUGGGCGAUGACACGGAACAGGAGACCAACGAAGUCGCACCUGAUGACAUGGACGUGGACGAAGACGUCGAUCCACUCGAUGCCUUCAUGAAUGGUCUCGAGCAGCCAGAUGAGCCGGACCUGCCACCUGCUCUUAUUCCCAAGCGUAAGGGUCGCCAGACUCAUCUUUUCGAUGAAGAUGAUGGCCCAGACCUUGAUGCAGUUGGUGAGGACCCAGAAGACUUGCUCAAGAAUCCGAAGCGCAAGAAGAAGGACUUUGCAACUGUCGACCAUACCAAGGUCGAGUAUGAGCCCAUCCGCAAGAACUUCUACUCAGUAUCCGUCGAGAUUGCCGAGAUGGAUGAGACCGAGGUCGAGAAGCUGAGAGUCGAGCUGGACAACAUCACAGUCCGCGGCAAGGAACCGCCCAAGCCCAUCACGAAGUGGUCUCAGUGUGGCUUCGGCGCGCAGAUCCUAGACGUCGUCCGGGAGCAGAAGUUCGAGAGCCCAACUGCGAUUCAGUGCCAAGCCUUACCCGUGCUAAUGUCUGGUCGCGACACAAUUGGUAUUGCCAAGACAGGCUCUGGCAAGACCUUAGCGUUCAUUCUGCCGAUGUUCAGACACAUCAAAGACCAGCGUCCUGUUGCAAAUCUGGAAGGCCCGAUUGGUCUAAUCAUGGCACCGACGCGGGAGCUUGCUGUGCAGAUCCAUCGUGAGUGCAAGCCGUACCUCAAGGCACUCAACCUCCGUGCCGUCUGCGCAUACGGCGGCGCACCUAUCAAGGACCAGAUCGCCGAAUUGAAGCGUGGAGCUGAAGUAGUUGUCUGCACGCCAGGCCGCUUGAUCGACCUGCUCCAAGCCAAUGCUGGACGUGUCACCAAUCUGCGCCGCGUAUCCUACGUCGUUAUGGAUGAAGCAGACCGAAUGUUCGACAUGGGUUUUGAGCCGCAAAUCACUAGAAUUCUUGGCAACAUCCGGCCAGACCGUCAGACUGUCACCUUCUCUGCGACAUUCCCGAAGAAGAUGGAAGGUCUCGCCAAGAAGGCACUCGCCGAUCCAGUCGAGAUUCUUGUUGGCGGUAGGAGUGUCGUCGCGGCUGAGAUCACGCAGGUCAUCGAAGUCGUGCCAGAGGAAGACAAGUUCCGCCGUACUCUAGCCCUCUUGGGUGAUCUCCACGAGAACGAUGAAGACGCUCGUUCGCUGAUAUUCGUUGAGAGACAAGAGACCGCCGACAACAUCUUCAAACACCUCGGCAAGAAGGGCUACCCGAGCGUCUCUGUCCACGGUGGUCGCGAGCAGAUCGAUCGUGAUCAAGCCAUCAUCGACUUCAAGGCCGGCCACGUUCCCAUCAUGGUCGCAACGUCCGUUGCAGCCAGAGGCUUAGAUGUUAAGCAGCUCAAGCUCGUCAUCAACUACGACUGCCCGAAUCAUGGUGAAGAUUACGUCCACCGAGUCGGUCGAACUGGUCGCGCUGGAAACACCGGUACAGCUGUUACCUUUGUCACUCCUGAACAGGAUCGAUUCGCGCCGUUCCUGGUCCGAGCCUUGGAUGACAGCAAGCAGGAAGUACCAGUGGCCUUGAAAGAGAUGGCAGAGACUCACAAGCAAAAGGUCAAGUCUGGCGAGGCGACAAAGGUUGGCUCUGGAUUCGGUGGCAAGGGUAUCGAGCGCCUUGACGCCGCCCGCGCUGCCGAGCGUGCUCAUGAGAAGAGCAUGUACAAGACUGGAGAUGAGCCAGAUGACGAAGACGAGAAGAAGGUGAAAGACAAGAAGGAGAGUGAGGUUGAUAAGCUCGUGGCCAAGGCUGCCGGUGGCGGUGUGAAGGGGCGAGAGGACACUGCUGCCGCUGCUGCUCCUGCUGCUGCACAGAACACAGCGUCUGCUGCCCCGACCAUGGAUAGGAAGCUGGUCGAGCAUCUCAGCAACGCGCUCAAGGUUCAGAAGGCAGAGCCUCCGGCUCCUACCAAGACUAAUAAAGCUAUCGCCAAUGAUCCAAUGGCCAGAGCUGCUGCGGCUGCGGCUGGCAUCAACAGCCGUCUUGGAAAGCAAGGUACUACGCGUCCAGGCGCACCAAUCGACAACCGUGGUCCAGACGCUGGCGCAUACCAUGCCACUCUCGAGAUCAACGACUUCCCACAGAAAGCUCGUUGGGCCGUCACAAACCGUACGAAUGUGGCCAAGAUUCUGGACGCCACUGGCACCUCCAUCACCUCGAAGGGCAACUUUUACAAGGAGGGCGAUCCGAUACUCGAGAACGUGCCGAAGCUCUAUCUGCUCGUGGAAGGCGACACCGAGAUCGCUGUCGCAACCGCUAUGCGCGAGCUUUCCCGUCACCUGACCGAGGGAACGCUGGCGGCCCAGGAGGCGGAGGCCCGGGGUGGCGGCGGUGGUCGCUAUCGUGUUGUCUAG